AUGGCAAUGACAGACAUGAAUGGUUCAACUCUGACUUACUGCAAGUGCUGCAAUCGCCUGAUGACUGAUAUGUGCUUCCGGCUCCUACAGGCAGGGGUCCCCCAACGAGGCCUAAUAAUCCCAGAGAGCACAACAGCCGCUGCAUUCCAAUUCCAGAGUUAUACACCACUAUUCCAGGAGAUCCCCAACGAGGCGUUCGGGCUCGCAAUCCACGCCGCAAUCCAGGGUUUCAUUACUACAGCGACCGGAAUGCAAACACCCAUCUAUGUGAGCAUUGCGCGACGGCCUGUAGGGUUGGAAUAUACUACUGGUCUCACACUGGUGAUCGGGGUGCUGGUGGACAUCCCCGCCGGCGUCGUUGUGUCACCGGAACUGUUGAGCCAUAUCGCCGUGAAUCUCCCCAUCUUUGGUGGAGGGGAGUGGAGAUGGGCCGUGACGCCCGAGGAUGUCUUCCCUGUGAUGUGGCGGUUGCAGUGGUUUGAGGAGAUUAUUAAACAUCCCUGGGCUCCGUGUAUAUGGACUACGCUUAUUAUGACGGGGCCGGGGACACAGUCGGCUUUGGAUUUGGCUCCGAAUGUUUAGCUUGUGUCCUCUAGUUUGCAGUUUCUGGUUAUCUUGUUAGUUAUAUAAAAUAAAUGAUGAGCCAAAUUGCACCACGACAUAACAACACUAACGUUCAGGACGGCUGUGCAUCGAGUGUGGGAGUGGUCAAUGAAACAAUGAAAAUAUAUCGA